AUGUUGCUACUAGUUCUCUGCUUUUUGAUGAGCGCCCUCGCCGCGCAACGCACUAAACAACCCACAUCCGACUGCGGAGUCGCAAACUGCGCCCAGUGCAACGCGGACGGCAGGACGUGUGAUCAGUGCAGCGAGGGGUACAACCUCAACCAGGAGAAGACCCAGUGCACCAAGGCGUGCGCGGUCGCAAACUGCGCCCAGUGCAACGCGGACGGCAGGACGUGUGAUCAGUGCAGCGAGGGGUACAACCUCAACCAGGAGAAGACCCAGUGCACCAAGGCGUGCGCGGUCGCAAACUGCGCCCAGUGCAACGCGGACGGCAGGACGUGUGAUCAGUGCAGCGAGGGGUACAACCUCAACCAGGAGAAGACCCAGUGCACCAAGGCGUGCGCGGUCGCAAACUGCGCCCAGUGCAACGCGGACGGCAGGACGUGUGAUCAGUGCAGCGAGGGGUACAACCUCAACCAGGAGAAGACCCAGUGCACCAAGGCGUGCGCGGUCGCAAACUGCGCCCAGUGCAACGCGGACGGCAGGACGUGUGAUCAGUGCAGCGAGGGGUACAACCUCAACCAGGAGAAGACCCAGUGCACCAAGAACCCAGAAGCGCGAUGCAAUACUCCCAACUGUAAGACCUGUGACAGCCCCAAAACAGACAGUGAAAUCUGCACUGAAUGUAAUAAUGGCAACUACCUCACCCCGACAAAGCAGUGCACGCAGAGCUGCGGAACAAUAGGAAGCUACUACAACGGAGACAAAGUGUGCGAGCCCUGUGAUCCUAGCUGUGCUGCGUGCAUCACAAAGGGACCAGCGAAGUGCACGCUGUGUCCUCCCGGGAAGAGGCUCCAGUACACAGAUGAAGGAGCCACUCAGAACGGCGGAUCCUGCGUAGAUGAGUGCAAGCCUGAAGGAGGAGCUAGCGGAUGCGAGACCUGCGGAGCCACCAUCGGAGGGACAAAGUAUUGCUCGAAGUGCAGCACAUCCACGGAGGUCCCCGUCAACGGGGUCUGUACAGCAGACAAUGCCCGCGCAGCUGCGUGCAAGGUGAAAGAUGGCAAGGGAGGGUGCACUACGUGUGAGAGUGGAUACUUCCUCCAAGACGGCGGUUGCUACAAACUCGGUAGACAGCCCGGUGAGCAGAUAUGCACAGCAGCCAGUAGCGCUGGUAAGUGCGAGACGUGCGCCAAUAGUCUUCAGCCCAAUAAUGGAGCAUGCCCCUCGUGUCACUCGACCUGUAAGACAUGUCGUGAUGCUAAUUCUGCAAAUGCUUGUACAACGUGUGCAGCUGGGUACUAUAUGGUCGGAUCAGCAGCUGGACCAUGCACUUCGUGUGACAGCAACAGUGGAAGUGUCAAGGGAGUUGCUGGCUGCAUGAGCUGCGCUCCUCCAUCGUCUAGUACUGGCUCCGUCCUUUGCUACCUCAUGAACGGUGACAGUGCCGGCGGAAGCACGAACAAGAGCGGCCUUAGCACAGGCGCCAUCGCAGGCAUUUCUGUCGCAGUCAUCGUUGUCGUGGGGGGUCUUGUCGGCUUCCUCUGCUGGUGGUUCCUCUGCAGGGGCAAGGCGUAG